AGAGCUCACUUCCACUGUCGGAACGUUAACAGUGUGACAACCAGCGGAAGUAAACAACACAGGCGCUACUAACAGCAGCUGCAUCCAGAGACUGUUAUUAUAGAGCAUUUGGCUGCAUGCACCUAUUAUUGCAUUAUCUAGAAAACGAUAUUGUAGUCGCAGUGCAGAUAAUUAUUUAAUUUAUAAUUAAGCAACAAUGUCUUCAGUUGAGUAUUUGAGAGAGUUUGUUAACGAGCGACUAAAUGUUGCUGCAGAAGAAAUAAUCGGAAUUUUUGAAAAGACUAUCUUCGAGUAUGAAGAAGAGAUCGAUCGUCAGCGCAAACUGUUGGAUAUUGUUUGGAACCCUGAAAUAAAUUUGCACAGGAUAGAGCUCCCACAGCAACAUGUCUGUAAGGAGGAGGAGGUUCUCGCUGACCAGCAGCUCUGUAUUCAGGAGAGGAACUCCAGUCUGGACCAAGAGGACCCGGAGCCUCCACAGAUUAAAGAGGAACAGGAGGAACUCUGCAUCAAUCAGGAGGGAGAGCAGCUUGAACUGAAGCAGGAGACUGAGACCUUUAUGUUGACUCCUACUGAUGAGGAAAGUGACCACAGUGACACAGAACCAAAUAGUGACCACCUGCUCCUCUCUCACGACUCUCAUGUAGCUGAGAGCCAAGAUCAGAAAGGAGGUAUGCAUGGAGACUCAGGAUCAACUAGAAAUGCAGAGCCAAAACCACAAAAAAGACGUCACAAAAGCACCAACUUUUUCAAGAUUCACCGUCAUACUGAGGCAGAUAAAGCGAUUUUUCAAUGUGACACAUGUGGGAAAGCUUUUGAGUUUAAGUCCCAUUUGUAUAUACACCUCAGAAUACACAGAUCUGAGAAGCCACAUUCUUGCAACGUCUGUGGGAAAAGAUUCAGUCAGAUAUCAGUAUUGAACGAUCAUGUAAGAGUCCACGCAGGUGACUUGAAGCCAUAUUCUUGCAAAACAUGUGGAAAAGAUUUUCGAAGUAAUAGUUACUUGACGGUCCACAUGAGAACCCACACAGGUGAGAAGCCAUAUUCUUGCAACACCUGUGGAAAACAUUUUCGAACUAAGAGUCACUUAAUAGACCACAUGAGAAUCCACACAGGUGAGAAGCCGUAUUCGUGCAAAAGAUGUGGAAAAGAUUUCAGAUCUAGCAGUAACAUGAUGAGCCACAUGAAAACACACACAGGUGAGAAGCCACAUUCUUGCAAAACAUGUGGAAAACGUUUCACACGUAAUAAUGACUUGACGGCCCAUGUUAGAAGAGCCCACACUGGUGAGAGACCGUACCUUUGCAAGGUCUGCGGGAAAAGAUACUUUAAUGGUUAUCAAUUGGGAAGGCAUAUAAGAUCGCAUACGGACAAGUAGCCUUGUAUUUCCAAAAUAUGUGGGAGACAAGUGGUUCAUGGUCGAAACACAAGAACUGACAGAAGUGAGGAGCCAUAAUUGCAGCACUUGAAGGAAAAGUUUUACUCAAAUCACAGACUUGAAGAAGCACCCGAGGAUCAAGAAACACAGGAGGAACCAUUGAGCUGAAACGCCUGUGGAUACGUGUUCACUAACUGAAUGAUCAUCUCUGUAACUGAAUGUCUACAGACUCAUUUUUGUUGACAACAUUUCUUUGAAAAAAUCAUAAACUCACAAAUCUUUGAACAUCAUUGUUACACAGUGAAUUCAUAGUUCCUACAAAUGUCUAACCAGUUCAAUUUUUUUUACAUUUUAUAUACUUCAGUUAUAUGAGUGGAUUGUGAACUCCUGCCAAUUAGAGUCUCUUAUUUUUUGUGUGCAACAUGUCAUUUAAGUUUAUAUUUUUAUGUAUUUUGUGAUUGCAUCGACUUGGUAUAGUUUAGUUGUUUCUGGCUUUAGAAGUGACACGUAAACACAAAUUGUAGAUGGUGUGCUACAUGGUGCUGUCAAUGAGUCAGCCUGGUAAUAAAUAUUAUAAUCAGUGCCCAAAGGAACAUGGGAAAAUAAAUGUUGUUUGUUUGAUCUCAUGUUUAUAUUCUAACAAUAAAGCUUUGUAUGGUGAUGAUUUAAGAAUACCAGAUUCAUACUGAUGUCUAAAGCUAUAUGAAAAGAUAUGAGAAGAUGCUUAAAAUGUUUCUUGUUCUUUACUACGUAUAAGGCUGUGCAGGUUUACACUUGAAUGUGAGUGGUUUAUAUUAAAUGAUGCACUCCUAUACAGCCAGCAAGACAACCUUCAUCCCACACAUAUGCAUCAAACUCACUGCAGACUAGGUUGUAAAACAUGGAGGAUAAAAUAUAGGUUAGGCUUACUGUGUGUGGGUAUGUGUAGGCCUAUGAUUUUAUUAUUAUUUUAUUUUUAUUUUGUUUUGUAAGUCUGUUGUCUGAUAAUGCACCAAUAAGCUGGAUGUCAACCACAGUUAAAACAAGAAGAAGAAGAAGAAGAAGAAGAAGAAGAACCCGCACAUCCGGCGGGAAGUAAACAACACAAGCAUGAGUAGCGUUAGUUGAAUGCACCUGUUGAAGGAGCAGAAAGACAAAGUCGUAGUGCGGAUAAUUAUUUAAUUUGUAAUAAAACAACAAUGUCUUCAGUUGGGUAUUUGAGAGAGUUUGUCAACCAGCGACUAACUGCUGCUGCUGAAGAAAUAUUCAGAGUUUUUAAUAAAACAAAAACAACAACAAAAAUAUAUAGAGGUAUUUGUACAU